AUAUAGAGUUAUCAUGUUGAAACUUCAAAACCACGAUGAUAGUGUUCGAAACACACGUGAAUACGUGAUAACCAAUAUUAUAAAUGAAGCAAAAUCCGCAGUAUUCCUGUAAGAAAUAACUAAGCAUUAAGUAUUAAUUCUUCAACUCCCCAGAGCAAAAGUUUUGUCCAAAAAAUGUCUCGUUUAAUUGUAAAAAAUUUACCAAAAUCUAUAACAGAUGACAAAUUAAGAGAAAUUUUCAGUGAAAAAGGAGUUAUUACUGAUGUCCAACUUAAAUAUACCAAAACUGGAAAAUUUCGUCAUUUUGCCUUUGUUGGUUUUCAAAACGAAGAAGAAGCAAAAUCAGCUUUAGACUAUUUUGACAAUACCUUUCUCAAUUCUUUACGUAUAAAAGUUGAGAAAUGUACCGAAUUAGGGGAUGAUAACAAGCCCAGAUCCUGGAGCAAAUAUGCACCUGAUAGUACAGCCUAUAAAAAAGAACAUAGUGCUCCUAAAACGGAAGAAGUUAAAAUCCAAGCCGAAUCUAAGACAAAAAAAAAAAAUAAACUCAUAUCUGAAGUAGAAGAAAAAUUAAAACAGCACUUAAGUGAUCCUAUGUUUACUGAAUUCUUGGAAGCUCACGGACAAGAAAAAAUUCUUAAAGAUUUAAGCAAUGAAGAUAAAACUGAAGAAUCACCCACUCAAAAAGAAAUAGACGAAGAGCCUACAAACAAAAUUGCAAAUGCCAAUAUAUCUGACUUUGAAUAUUUGAAAAUAAAAAGCGGUAAGAAAUCUGAGGCAGAGAUUUUGAAAAAUCCAGAAACUAAAACAGAAUAUCAUACAAUUGUAAUUCGUGGUUUACCAUAUAAAGUAAAAAAGGCCAUGUUAAAAGAAUUUUUCAAACCACUGAAACUAGAUUCUAUACGCUUACCACCAAAAAUAAAAGGCGUAGCUUAUAUUGGUUUCAAAAAUAAAUGUGACGCUGAACAAUGUCUUAUUAAAAAUAAGAGUUUCUUAAAUGGAAAACGAGUACUAUUAUACCCAAUGAAAAAUGAAGCUGAUGAUCCAGAAGAAAACAAUAACCUUAAUAAAAGAAAUCCCGAUUGGCAGAAACAAACUGAUAGUUUAAUACACGAAGAAAGCAUUGCAGAAUCUGGUCGUAUAUUUAUUCGAAAUUUACCAUUCAUUACUACAGAAGAAGAAUUACAAACUAUAUUUGAAAAGUAUGGUCCUGUAACUGAAGUAAUAAUCCCCAUUGAUAAAAUAUCUCGCCAAGUCAAAGGUUAUGGCUUGAUUACAUAUCUUAUGCCUGAACAUGCUGUGAAAGCUUAUACUGAAUUGGAUGGUACAAUAUUCCAUGGGCGAAUGAUGCAUUUGUUACCUGGAAAAGCCAAAGUAAAUUUAGACGAUGAAACAACUAACGAAGGUAGUUCAUUCAAAAAGAAAAAAAUGGCAAAAUUAAAAUCUGAAGCUGGAUUAUCACACAACUGGAACAGUCUAUUUUUAGGCCAAAAUGCUGUUGCCGACAUUAUUGCUAAGACUUAUAACACAACUAAAGAGAAUGUGCUUACUGGUGAUAAUGCUGCUGUCAGAUUAGCCCUUGGUGAAUCACAAAUUGUUUCAGAUACAAAAAUGUACCUAGAAAAUCAUGGUGUUAAACUAGAUAUAUUCAAUCAAACUGUAAUAAAUCGAAGCAAAAAUGUUAUAUUGGUAAAAAAUUUACCUGCCGAUACUACUGAGCUGGAGGUAAAAGAUAUUUUCUCAAAGUACGGCUUAGUCAACAGAGUAGUAUUACCCCCUAGUGGUGUCACUGGAUUAGUAGAAUUUGUUCAAAACUCAGAAGCAAAAACAGCAUUUCGUCAACUUGCUUAUUCUAAAUUUAAACAUCUACCACUUUAUUUAGAGUGGGCUCCAGAUAAAGUUUUCACCGAUGUUCCUCAGAACAUUCAUGAAGAAAUCAUUUCAAAUUCAACUAACAAAGAAACUGAAGAUGAUAUAGAUGAACCUGAAUCAGAUACCACAUUGUUUAUUAAAAACAUAAAUUUCAAUACUACAGAAGAAAAUAUCUCAAAACACUUUGAAUCUUGUGGAAAAAUUGCAAAUGUUACUGUUGCUCGAAAAAAAGACCCUAAUCAUCCAGGACAAUUACUCUCAAUGGGUUAUGGAUUUAUUCAGUUUUUCAGACAGAAAUCAGUUACAGAAGCAUUGAAAACCAAACAAUUGUCUAUGUUGGAUGAUCAUUCAAUUGAACUUAAACGUUCAAAUAGGACAUUACAAAGUGCAGCAGUUGCAGAACGAAAACAAGGUAAAUCAUAUGAAGAAAGCACCAAAAUACUCGUACGUAAUAUACCAUUCCAAGCUAGUAUUCAAGAAGUUAUUGAAUUGUUUAAAACUUUUGGAGAACUAAAAGGUUUGAGAAUGCCUAAGAAAAUGGUGGGAACUGGCACUCAUAGAGGAUUUGCAUUUGUUGAAUACAAUUCAAAGACCGAAGCAAGAGCAGCCAUGGAUUCAAUGUGCCAAAGCACUCAUUUGUAUGGUAGGCGAUUGGUGCUUGAAUGGGCACAAGCCGGUGAAAAUCUUGAUGAAAUGCGUAAAAGAACUGCAGAUCAAUACCAGUUACCCGGAGGCACAAAAAAACACUGUAAGAGUGUUGCUGAUAUUCAAAUAGACGAAGAAGAAAAUAAGGAAUAAAAGCCAUAAAAAAAUAAUUUUGUUUACAUUUAAGAGAUAAAUAAAUUGAUUUUACAAUGA